UUCAAGCACCGCGCUCCUGGUUGACGUCCGACAUUUGAUCCACCGACCGGAAUCGCUUCAUUCCUGUUCGGCCGCAACAUGAUAUAUCGCCACGAUAACUAAACAGGAGUCAUAUAUCUACGUCAAACAAUAUGCCUUCAUCUUCCGCGAUUUCAGAGACCAGCGAUACGCCCACCUCGGCGCCCGCGCAACAUGUCCUUGGUAUUCCGCGGCCCCCUUCCGUGGGCGGAAUCUCAUCCCGAGUGACCGACAUGGCUUCGGACGAUGGAGAACAGUCCCAAGCAUAUACGGGAGUUUCAUCGCAUCCAGCUCAAUCGCGAGCGUCUGUAACGCGGCGAGCACCCCCGCCCGCCAGGAGCUCUAUCACAUCGAGCAGUCAAUGGACGAAUAGACCAGGAAGCUCCGGCAGCAGGCAGAGUCGAUCACACAUUCCUUCGCUCGCUGCGCAGGGUUUCUUCCGUCCCAUGUCUUCUCAGCGACUCCAGGCUCAUCGAGGUCGACCUAUGACGAAAGGAACCACAACGGAUACGUCGGAGGAUUGGAAUGACCAGUCGAGUCAGAACAGGCAGAGCUUGAUAUCCAAUAGCACGAUGCCUCAAGGGUCCAUUCCCCCAAUCGAGCAAGAAGCUCCUCCCUCAAGAGGCACUGAAUAUACCGACCCUAUUAUCCCAGACCGCAACACAUCGAAUGCUAGUCCUAUCGGUAACACGACAGGGAGAAGUCAAGGCGAGAGCGCCAAACUUAUUUAUGACAAAGAGAGGGCCUACAAGGCUCAACAACCGCAUCUCAGCAUGGGGGCGAACUAUAAUGGCUCAAAUGAUCCGGACCCUUCUCAGAGGUCCUCGCUUUCUUUCCUCUCCUUGCAAAAUAGGAAUCAGGGGCAAGAUAACCGUGACAUCCGGACGCAUGAGAGGCUUUCAUCAGCUGGUUCCACCCCUGGGUCUAUCGAAAAAACACCGCAAAUAAGUCAUGGAAAAGGCCGUCUGGGCAAAAAUUAUGAAUAUUUUGUCGGAAAUACCAUUUUCUUCGGCGGCGGAAGGCUCCAAAACUCCCGGGACAAGCCCGUCAACAUCGCAACGGCAAUCUUUGUGAUUGUACCUUCGGCUCUGUUCUUCGCAUAUUCGGCUCCUUGGCUUUGGCAUCAUAUCUCGCCCGCCAUUCCGAUCUUGUUUGCUUACCUCUUCUACUUGUGCUUCUCGUCAUUCAUACACGCUUCGGUCGUUGAUCCUGGGAUUGUUCCUCGCAACCUUCACCAGAUGCCACCACCGGAUCCUACAGACGAUCCGUUGGCGAUAGGCCCGCCAACCAACGACUGGGUAAUGGUCAAGCUGGCGACGUCGGACGUCGCAGCUAUGGACGUGCCUGUGAAGUACUGCAAGACCUGCUGUAUCUGGCGCCCUCCCCGAUGCUACCAUUGCCGGGUAUGUGAUAAUUGCGUUGAGACCCUUGAUCAUCACUGCGUCUGGCUCAACAACUGCGUUGGCCGGCGUAACUAUCGAUACUUUUUCACCUUUGUUGCAUCCUCGACGCUCCUUGCUCUGUUCCUACUUGGCGCCAGCCUCGCCCAUAUUUUGGUGUAUCGGUCACGAGAGCACGUCAGUUUUGGCACGGCCAUCGAUAAAUGGAGAGUGCCCUGGGCCAUGGUGAUUUACGGAGCAGUUGCUGCACCAUACCCGGCCUCGUUAUGGGCUUACCAUCUUUUUCUGGUUGGUCGAGGUGAGACGACUCGAGAAUAUCUCAACUCUCACAAGUUUGCGAAAGCCGACCGCCAUCGUCCCUUCACCCAGGGCAACAUCUUCCGCAAUUGGCUGUCCGUUUUCCUGCGGCCACGGCCUCCGACGUAUAUGCAGUUCAAGCAGCCUUAUCAUGAAGGCGACCAGCGUCUGAGCACGAUGAAGCGCAAGUAUCUCCCUCGGAAUGUCGAGCCGCAAACCGACAUCGAGAUGCAGCAGGUGCCUCCGCCUUCCCAGCCGCAGUCGUGAACCAGGAUGGUU